AUGAACCAAAGCGUGGCGGCCGAGGGCGAGUAUCUCUCUUCAGUUAUCGACAUCAAACUGAAUGACGAGUUCAUCUGUGUGAUUAUGGAAGGCAAGGCGAGGCUUCACCGGUACAAAGCUGCUCUAUGGGAGACGUUCACAAUUGACCGAGACACGUUUGUGGUCUACGAUAACUCAAACAUCUACGUCUACCUGUUGAAUCGAAGCCCAAUAGAAGAUGAAUCUGUCCUUUACAUUGGUUGCACUAAGCUCCCAUUCGCCCAUGCUCCGCUGAUGCUCAGCAAGGGAAUCGUGCACUGUCUCACAUCAUCGGGUAAGACCAAGUGGUGUUCUACUGGACAGCCAUCGAACCGAUACCGUACUGGAGGGGAAACCUCAGGCCGU